AACUUUGAAGAUGGGGGACUUAAAAAAUGACGGUGAUCAGCAUAUUCACGAGUGUCGUGCCCUGAAGUUUAUUCUAAACUUUAUGCUGAAGUUCAACAACUUUCCAGUCUCAGAGUAUUUCACUGGUAAAGAGUGUGGGCCAUGUCAGAAAGGUUGGAUUGAGUUUCACACAAAGUGCUAUCUGUUCUUGGAAGGUUUACCUUAUAGAACCUGGGAGCAGAGUCAGCAGUACUGCAAAAACAAAGCUGCAGAUCUGGUUACUGUCGAUAACUUGCAGGAACAGGAAUUUCUCAGUAAUCACAGUACCUACUACUAUGACAAGCAUCAUGGAUACUGGUUGGGGCUACGUGAAGUUAACAACAUUUGGCAAUGGCCUGAUGGACGCAACGACACUCUUCGGUACUGGAUGGAUCAAACUGUUGAUCCACCCUUUGGUGGCUCUGGUCCAUACGUUCUGUUGAUCCCUGGAAGACCUCCAACAAAGAGCUGGGACACGAUUAGCGUUACAACUCUGAGAGUGGACCCAUCGCCAGGGAAUUUCCAGAAGUACUUCUGA